GUAUGUAAUUAUGCACAAAUCUUGUAAUUAUGCACUGCAUCAGCCCAAGCGCCCCCAUGUACAUGUACGUAAACGGGCUUGUUAUUUCUGCUGCCGACAAGUUCAGUAUGGAGCCUUUGAGUGGCUAAAUAAUGCAAACAUCGCCCAUAAAUCAUCCAUGAUCAGAAUCUAAUUGCAGUUUUUCUGCGAGACACCAGAGCAAUAGCACGGCCCGACUGUAUAAAGUCACGCCCUUCCGGGAUUCGUCACACCAUGGACUUUGAAGAUGAUAUGCCGCCGGAGCUAGUCGAGACUGGCCAGGGUGGGCACACAGAAGCCGCUCCGGAGAAGCCUGUCAAAGUGCCCAUCACCAUCGUCACGGGCUAUCUCGGAGCGGGGAAAACCACCUUGCUCAAUUAUAUCUUGACAGCCCAACAUGGCAAGAAAAUUGCUGUCAUCAUGAAUGAGUUUGGUGACUCUCUUGACAUCGAAAAGUCGCUCACAGUCAACAAGGGGGACGAGCAGGUCGAAGAAUGGCUCGAAGUAGGCAACGGCUGCAUUUGCUGCUCAGUCAAGGAUACUGGUGUGAACGCCAUAGAGUCUCUGAUGGAGAAGAAAGGAGCGUUUGAUUACAUCCUUCUGGAAACGACAGGUCUGGCCGACCCAGGAAACCUCGCCCCUCUGUUUUGGGUGGAUGACGGCCUGGGAAGCACCAUCUAUCUUGACGGAAUCGUGACAUUGGUGGACGCCAAGAACAUCCUGCGCAGCCUUGACGAUCCUGCUGGCAAGAUUGACGGCCAUGAAGAACAUCAGGACCAUGGCCCUUUGAUGACAACAGCACACGUGCAGAUUUCACAUGCAGACGUGAUAGUCAUCAACAAGUCGGACUUGGUCGAUGCUGAACAACUCGACAAGGUGAAGGCGCGCAUACAGGCAAUCAAUGGCCUGGCAAAGCUUCACGUUACCUCGCAGAGUGCUGUGCCCGAUCUGGAAGGCUUUCUUCUCGACCUGCACGCUUAUGAUCAGGUUGACAGACUGGACACUGCUGGGAAGGGCCAUAGCCACUUGGAUCCGACAAUCUCGACCAUUGCCAUUGAUGUACCUCUACUGGCACCAGAACAGCUUGAGAAAGUUGAUGGAUGGCUGCGGUCCGUCCUGUGGGAAGGUCAAUUGCCAGGUGUUGAGACGAGCCAAAGCACGCCCCUGGAGCUUCAUCGCAUGAAAGCCCGGCUAAGUUUCGAUAACGGGGAUGUGAAGAUGGUUCAAGGCGUGAGAGAGAUUUUUGAGAUAUUCGACGCGCCAAAAGGAGAUGCCAGCCCAAUUUCCCACCAGUCCGGUAAGAUUGUGCUUAUUGGCAGACACUUACAGAUACUAGACUUAGAGAAGAGCUUCCUGGAUAGCAUCAAAUUAUAGCGACGUCACGCGUUGUGAAGAGCAUCUUGCAGCCGAUCAUAGUGGCCAUUGGUUAACAAGCACUGACCCGCGAAGCGCUACGUGGAUUGUAUGAGUGUAUGUAUAUGUAUGUAUAUGGUAGAUAUGCAGAUAUAUUGCAUGCAGCAAUAAUGGGGGCUUUAAAUUUCAAUUUUCUUUUCUUAAAUUUCUUUUGUAAAUUCUUUUUAGAUGCAUACGUUAACCUCCAGCUACCGCAAAGA